CGACAAUACAUUAGACCUGCGUGUGCUUCAUCUGUUGCACUCAAAGGAGGUAACGUCUUCUUUUGUCCCGAGACAUGCUGAAAAUAAUUUUGUCUGACAGGCAAUGGAUGUUUCUCUACUUUAUGGUUUCAGGUACUUGCUGCCUUGUCACAGUCCACCAGCCUCCUGUGCUUACCACUGCUCUGGGUGAUGAUGUCAUGAUGCCGUGCCAGCUCAACAUAUCCCACAGUGAGAAAAUGGUGACCUUACCGGUUCUGUAUUGGGUGUACGUAACACAGGGCCCUGUGAGAACCAAAGUGUGGUUCCCCUCUGGGAGAUAUGAGGGACGUGUAGACCUUCUGGACAACAAUGCAAACUCUUCAAACAAGUCCAUACACCUCAAGAAUGUCCAUUGGGCCGACAGCGGGAAAUACCUCUGCAAACUCUCCAUGACCACACAGAAGGCUAAAAGUUUCAGGAAGAUAGGAGAUGGAACUUUCCUGUUGGUUCAUGACACAAUGAUGUUUAACCUCACCAGUCACAAUGACUCUCUGCUCUGGUGUGAAGUAAACGUGACCCAGGAUCCUCGAUUAGUUUUGUCCAUUUUUCAUGAUGGACACAAACUCCAAACUGUUGAAUCUGCUCUAGGAGAGAAUGUCACAGCUCUGCCCUACGUCACGCUCUCUGAGGCUGUUUCUCUGAGGAGCGCUGGAAAAUAUGAGUGUCAGCUGCACCUGAACAAAGAUCUGAUAACAAAAAGCAUCUUCCACUACCAUCCAUCUGAAGAAGAUGGAUAUGCUAAAAAUGUUUCUGUAACAUGUCCCACAACUACCUCUGGUGUGGAGAUGUUUCCAGAACCAUGGGCCAUGUAUAUAGGUCUCCUCCUAGUGCCCAUCACCAUCCUGCUGGGCCUCGUAAUUACCCUGCCUAUGUGCAGAAGCUGAGUUUGUCAACAUCUGGCUGGAACGGAGAUACUUGGCAAUGAAAAUCCAGGCUGUCAUCAGAGAAAAGAGACAUGUCUCUCCGAUGCAUUUUCAGGAUCAAAGGGACCAGCCGCAGUCAAUUCAAGUUAAACCACUGUCAAAUAUUUACCUGCAUCUGAAUUCAGAGGCGGCAGCCUUCAAAGUCCUAAGGCAUUGUAAUGGUUCCACAAGGCUGUCCCAUGUUAGAAAUGUUGCUCUCUUUCCCUCACAUUUAUAGGACACAUUCAGCUCUCAGAAUCCCAAAAUCCAUUUUGAACCGGUCAGUUGUUUCAUGAUGCAUCCUGGCAGUCAUUGUUAACUCCCCGUGCAAGUUGCCCUGCUUUGACCCCAGGCUUCGACACCAGUUGAUACAACUAGUGUGGCAGUAUCAUUGGCUCACAGAACAUCUGAUGUGGGGUGCACAUUUAAACACAGGCUGCAACAAAGCCGUCCCAACAAUUUAUUGAUAGCACUGAUGGAUGGAUGGUGGAUGAUUUUCUUGUGUUCUGCAUUAUUAAUCCAUCCACAAUCUCGGCAGUUCUGUAAGCUUCUGGAUUUCCUAAACAAAGAAAUAUCUGUUCUUUCUUUGUGUCUAACUAGGAGUCUAUGGUGGGUGGAUGAAGAUAAAGCAAGGCACGGUGGCUUGUGAUUAAAAUGUGCCUCCCACAUCAGAGCCAAUGCUACUUUCAACUGUCAAUAACGUUUAAAGUUGGGAAAUAUCACGGGACUACGUCAUAUUUACCAGGUGCUUUCCUUUGAAUGAUUCAUCAGUCACUGGUGUAUAUAUCACAUGAAGUGUGGACUGUUUUCCAGAAACACUACUGGGGCAUAUAAUGUAAAUCAUGUAAACUGUGUCAGCCCCUGAAAUGAAUUGGGAUGCAGCAAGUGAUGAUAUGACAGCAUCAAAUACAUCAUGAUGUUUUUGGCAUUGAAACAUGCACGUCAAACAUUUUGGCAAAACGUGUUAAAGGCAUUAAAAUAAUCUCAUUGAUGACUCUCAUUGAUGAUUUUAAAGUGGAGGGUCCCUGUGACUAAAGCACACCACAAAACAAUGUAUGUCUCUGUAAUAUACUGUUUAUUAAGACAUCAUUGCAAAUCACUUCUUAUUCCAAAUACUUAGAGGGAUGAUCUGCAUCUAUUGUUUCCUUUGCCUAACCACAACUUCUGCAAUAAUUUGUCUACCAAUUUAAAAUGCAUAUCAAAAAGAACAAAGUUAUUUCUCUAAUUUAUGCAUUCUUACUGCUCUCUGGUUGAAUGUACAGACUCAUGUUGAUACUAGUCAUACGUUUUGUUUUAGAAUGUUGUUUUUUUUAUGUCUUCAGCAGAAAUCUGUAACCUCAGUUUCUCCUUCCUCAGAAAUCUGUUCUUCUGGUUCUCUUUCCCGUUUUCACCAUUAGUUCCUCCACAACCCUUUCUAUUUCUAACGAUGACUGAAGCUAGUUGCACAAAAGAGGCAAGCAUUUUUUUUCUUUUACAUAUUAAACAUUUGUGAAUCAUUUAUGUGAUAACUAGAGAUAUACCCACAUGGCAUUGGCUUAACAUAAAGCAUAAACCUAAACAACAAUUAAUCAAAUGAGCAAAUCUCAAAAGCAAAAUCUGUAGCUAAAAUAGACUCAACUGACCUCUUAAGUCAAAUGCAUCGUCUAUCAGUGCAUCAAACAUGAUUUUUGUAUAAGAAUCACUGAAGAUAAGUUUACAUUUGUGAAUGAGUGAACAAGUUUAUCUUACUGGAUGGCACCUGAUACAGAGAUUGCACUAUUUUGGGUUUUCUCUGUUAUGUACAGAAUGGUUAUCACAAAGAAAGUAAUUUUAAGACUGGAAGUCAGAUACUGUAGCUCAGUUUAAGACUGAGCUCACUAGUAUCUUACAUUAGUCUUAAUAAAUUCUGGCAGCCAUUUCUGGAUUAUCUUGCUCGAUAUGACACUGCAUCUGAUCAGCAAUAUACUCUGUUUUGUGCCGUCCACCUCUGUUUUGGAGAAUUUGUGCCAACAUGCGAUGUGUGAGAGAUACAGCAGUGUAAUCAAUUAUUUUCUUGUUUGUUUGUUUAUUGUCCCUUUUACUCUUUAUUUUGUUUUCUGUCUCUGUUUUCAUCCUCACUUGUUCUGUUGCAGUUAAUCCAUAUAUUUAAAAAGAUGAAAAGGGAUGCUGGUGGAAUUAAGGACAGGAAGGUCACCCACACACACGCAGGAAUGGUGCAUUUGUCAGGGAGGGGACAGGGAUGCAAUCUGCAAAGUAAUCCUCACUACUGGCAUAAUGAAAUGGCCAAAUCGAGAGAUCAGCACACACACGCUCAGUGGACUGAUUCAUAGAGCAAGUCUGUGAAACUGUGGUCAUGUUACAUGUGGUUGUAUGAGGGUGUGUAAAUGAUCCUUCCUGGCUGUUUAUGUGGUUUAACGACUGAGAAAGAAUGCAGAAGAAGAGUGGGUUUGAAACCUGACAGUUUAAAAUGAUGAGGAAAGUAAAUGAGAAACCUUCCAUGUGUCACGUCUGACACAUGGAAGGUUGUCUUGUCUGUUUGCUAGAUGUCAAUUUAUGUUCUCUGCCAGUUUUGGUCAUUCUGCUUUAGUCUCUGUGUAGCCUUUAUGAUUAUUCAUCUGCAUCUUUAAGUUACUUAGUAUCUGUCUUGUCUCGUAUCUCAGUUCCUAGUUUGGUGUCUUAGUUCUUAGUCCUGUACUUUAGUGUUCACUCCUGGUCUGUGUACUUCUGCGUUUUGCCCAUGUCUAAUCUGAGUUCUGUUUUAUCUUUGCUUCAGUCUGUCUUCCUUGUUGUUAGUGUAUUUGGGAUCUGUCUGCUUGUGUCUGGAUUAGUUUGUGGUUUUUUAUUAUUCUGAUCUGUUACUACUUACUUUGAUAUGGUCCAUGUUUAGUGUUCAGCAACUUGUGUUAUGUCUGUUCCCCCUCUAGUAAUCUGCCUGCCAGCCAGUCUCUCUGUUUUCCCCUUCUGUCUCUCUGCCUGCCUUGUUAGUCCUGAUACCUGUCACCUGUGUUGCUCCCGCCCUGCUCGUUAGCCCCUGUGUAUAUAUAUUUGGUGUUUCUCUUCAGUCCCUGUCCUGUCGUUGUUGUGUGUUGUUUGAAUGGUGUUCUGCUUGCUUUGGAGUUACGUGUACAGUUGUGUUGGAUCUUGUCAGCCACCAUUAUUUGUUUUUCCAUGUUUUGGAUUAAACCCUGGGACAGAAUCUCUGCUCUUGUGCCGCGACUUCCAACCUCAAAGGGUUCCAGGUGCAUGGUGGUGCAUGAAGCCGAAAGUGAAACCAUGGCUGACCGUGACAAAGUGUACACACAGUUGCACCCUCAGCAGUGUUUUAGGUGUUAAUUAAAAGGAUGUCAGUUUAACUGCAACAACUGACAGAAAUGGCCUACUUUACUAGUUCUGUGUACCCCUACAUCAGUUGGUAACCCUCAAGUCAGUCAAUGUUGUAGGUUAUACUUCCUAAUGUUUUGGCUUUUUAACAAUAACUUUUAUGCAGAGAAGGCGACUUUAUGAGAUUCUUUACUGUAGCCAGCUACCCAAUACGCCUAACAUAUUUCCACAUCAGUGUACAUGCAGAACAGGUUUUACUAUAUGACUGUAUGUAUUAUUUUAAUUUAAAUACAUGCAAAUAUACUUUUUGUUGCCUUUUAGUUUAUGGUUUACCAUUUACAAUGUGUGCAUCCAUGGGCACUGACAGUUUUUUGUGACGUAAUUCAGCUGCUACUUGUGAAGUCGGGGUACAUAUAUUUUCUCCGAGUUCACAAGUAGGAAAUCCGAUUUCAGGUGGCGUUCCAGGAUAGUUUUUCUAGUUGGAGGUCGGAAAUUUCCCAGUUCCGAGUUGCCUAGAAUGCAGCAUUAGUGUCUUGGGCUCUCUUCUGUGUGUACUCAUCAGAACCCUGACACCGUGUAGUUAUGGAUUAAUUGGUUUUAUGUUGACUAACCCUUUUGAAAUUCACCAGAGAGCCACUAAAUGUCAGCAGUAAAUGUGAAAUUAGCUAAAGCAGUCGAAAUAUACUGUAUAUGUAUACUGUACCUUACAAUUUGUUAAAUAUUAACAAAAAUACUGUAUUAAACAUGGAUAUGAAUCAACAGGCCUCUGGACAGACAUGUAAUUUAUUUAUUUUUUUCUUCCAAAGGAUGAAUCAGAUUAUACAGAAGCAGAAUUGCACAACUGUUAGCUCAAAGGACAUGAGCUUGACAGUGACACUGACUUGUGAUUACUGUAAGCAGUUACAGUAUAAAUCAAUGUGUAACACAGCAUAAUGUAUAUAGACAUAAUGCAUAAUGGACUAAGUUGCAAAAUCAAUAUCAAUAUAUUUUUUAGCAUCCAGUGAGUCAGAUAGGUUCAUUAAAGGGCCUUUAGGCCUAUGUUCUUUUUCAAUGAAAUCACUUAUUAAUAAUUGACUGUAACCUCGCAUAGAAAUGAACCACACUCCACAUGUUGCUUGGAACAGCCAUUAUUCUGCUUCUUGUGUGAAGGAAUCAGGUCUUUGUUUUGAAACCAACAAAACCGACACAGAGUUGGCUUUUAUCCUAUUGGACAGGUAAACUAACAUUACUGCAAAGCACGUGACAUAUGUUAUGCUUUAGUUGGCUCAAAUUAGAUAAGGUGACAUGGAGGCUGUACACACUGGCUGUAGAUGUUAUGAAUGAUUACUCUGGCGAUCCUUGUAGUUUAUUACUUGUGGUAAAUAUAUAUGAAAUUGUAGAUAUUUUAUGACCUUGUAACUCCCCAAGUAUUCCCAUCAUAAAUUGUUAUAUGUUUUAUGUUUAUGUUAUGUGUUUUAAUGUCUGCAACCUUGUUAAUUGUGCUGCUGCCUGUCUUGGCCAGGACGCUCUGGGAAAAGAGAUUUUUUUAUCGCAAUGAGUUUUCUUUCUGGUUAAAUAAAGGUGAAAUAAAAAAAUAAAGGUUAAUUUGCCGGCUAACGCCGAGCAGUUGCUGAUAACAUACAGUGCAAAAUAUUAAAGUUGUAUGGCUUUCCACAUUACUUUACAGCUUACAUUACAGCUAACGCGAUCCAUACUUUCCUGUGUCGGCUAUCACCAAUAUUAUGCCAAAGUGUUGAUUUUUGCCUGCAAGAAAUGAUGUAAUGAUACAAAGCAAAUGUGGAGUGAUUUGUUUAUACUAGCCUAUAGUCAGUCCCUUCAGGAU